AUGAUGAGCAGGCCUUUUGACAUGAUUGGGUCGCUGUACUUUGGCGACACUGGUGUCCCUGGGUGCAAACCUAUCAUGGUUGACAGGAACGUCGAUAGCGCUCACCGCUUUAGCAUCGGACCAAUUACGAGAAGAGAAUUUUGGCAGGAUGAACGAGCCUCAAUGGGCCACCAAGGGCCGUGGACGUCGUCGACGGACUAUCUCCAAUCUAUUGCUGAUAGGGAAAUAGAAUGGCUGAGCAAGUCUGCCCACCGUCAUCCACAGUCGCGUCAACCAUGGCAGCACGCAGGUCCUCUACAGGAUUCUGCCGAUGCUCAUAUCGCUUCGCUCAACAAAUUCAAGGCCGUCAUCACAGACAUUGUUCCUCGAGACGAAGACUUGACAAGGCCGCGAUUUUGGCACCCUGACUCUCAUGCUGGCAACAUAUAUGUCGACGAAGAAGCCAACAUCACCGCCAUCAUUGACUGGCAGGGGGCGUGGAUUACCCCACCUUUUAUUGGAAUCAAUCCAUCACCUAUACUGGACUACGUCGACAUAAUGAUGAAACUGCCCGAAAACUUCAAAAGUCUCCACGAGGCCGACAAAGAGAAACUUAGAUAUCGGAUGUCGCAGUCCAUCUUGAUCACUGCGUACGAGACCGAGACAGCAAGCAUCAACCCACCUUUGAUCGAAAUGAUGCGAACAGCGCAUAGUCAGACACUGAAGCAGUUGGAAGCAUUCGCUAAUGCAACCUGGGACAACGCUCUUUACCCCUUCAACGAGACCCUAUUACGUGUUCAACAAGAAUGGUCACAUUUUGGCCUCGACGGAAAUUGUCCUUACGAAUUUUCCGCAAGCGAAAUGCAACAGCACCAGGACGAGGCAGAAAACUUCGACGAUAGCCAGCGUUUUUGGCAUAAUGUCCGCGGCGUGUUAUCAGAGGACGGCUACACUACGAAUGAUGAUUACCCGUCGGCGGCUAAAGUUCUCAAAGAGCUUCAAAAUACUGCGGAGCGAUCUCCGAACUAG